UCUCUCAUCCUGAGCCUCCUUUCUCUCUCCUCUCUGUCUCUCUCUCGGAUCACGGAGGUGGAGGACCUCGGAGUUGUUGUUGUGGUUGUUCAUUUUUUUUUAUUAUUUAUUCCUGGUUUUGUCGGGAGAGCCGCCACCGGGCAUGGAGGAUGUAAAAGACCCGCCGACCGUGCACCGGUCCUCCUCCUUCAGCAUCAAGAGCCUCCUGCUGCCCUCCAAGUGCGAGCGUGCGGACUCCGCGACGGUCGCGAUCCACGGAGCCCCGUGUCUCUCCCCGGGCUCCGACUGCGAGAAGUCUCUGGACCCCCCGGAGGUGGACUCUGCGGCCUCCACGCUUCUAGAGCCGGAGAAACCUGGCAAGGAGGAGCCGGAGGAAGAGGAGGGGGACGGAGGGGGAGGCGGAGGAGGGGACGGCGGCAAGGCGACACCGGAGCAGAACACCGGCGGCGGCAAAAACGGGAAGUAUGACAAGCCUCCGUUCAGCUACAACGCGCUGAUCAUGAUGGCCAUCCGGCAGAGCCCCGAGAAGCGGCUCACGCUCAACGGCAUCUACGAGUUCAUCAUGAAGAACUUCCCGUACUACCGAGAGCACAAGCAGGGCUGGCAGAACUCCAUCCGGCACAACCUCAGCCUCAAUAAGUGCUUCGUCAAGGUGCCUCGGCACUACGACGACCCGGGCAAGGGCAACUACUGGAUGCUGGACCCGAGCAGCGACGACGUGUUCAUCGGCGGGACCACCGGGAAGCUCCGCCGGCGCUCCGCCACCUCUCGGGGCAAGCUGGCGAUGAAGCGCGGGUUGCGCUUCGCUCCUCUCGGGCUGGGCAUCAACGAGCGGAGCAGCAACCCGCUGUACUGGCAGCUGUCCCCGUUCCUGUCCCUGCACCACCACCACCAUCACCCGCACUACAACGGCUCGUCCGCCGGCUUCCUGAACCAGGCGGCCGGCUACGGCUCGCUGCUGCCCGCCGUGGAGCAGCUGAGUAACGGGGAGCUGGGCCGCUCGCUGCCGCUGGGCCUGACGAACAGUUACGGGAUGAGCUCGUCGCCGGUCGGGCUGCUGUCCGGUCAGCCAGGAUACUUCGUGUCAGGGAGCCAGCACUCGGCGGCCCCGCCGGGG